AUGAGUCUCCGAUCGUCCCGAGCACCGCGAGUACCCUAUGUCCCUCCAGCCGCGAGGGCAUCAUCUGCGCAUGGACCAAGUGCGGACGGAUACACUCGACGAGGACACGACACAGCAGCAGCCACUAGCCAGCCACGCCAACAGGGAAAGGCUGCAGAUGGCGAAACCGUAGACGAGCAACAAGCAGAAGUGACCAAUGGUUCAACUCUACCGGCGGCAAAGGCAUGGGGGUGCACCAACCUGGCGACAAAAGCAGCACCGGGUGCGGCUGUACCAGCAUCAGCAGGAGACGAGACGAGGCCAGACGAGGUACUCCUCCCACCGCCAGCGGACCGCGACGACAGCAUAAAGGAUAAAGUCUCCGACCAGCCCGCACCAACUCGGCAGGACGUGAACCACACCGCGCUUCCCGCUGCCGAAAGGAGGAGAAAACCCAGGCAGGCGUGGGCGCAGUACGUGCCGCCUGGCCGGCGAGGUGGCGGGGCAUCCUCCGCCUCCUCCGUUCCUGCAAGCAGCAGCAGCGGCAACGAAAACCACUCCUCUUGCCCCCGUCCAGAAGACACCAACAAGUCAACGUCGUCGAAGGCAAGAGACGGUGGAUCGAGCGAGAGGAAGGGAAGCCGUCCGGCGCUGAAAGAGAAGCCGAGCGUUGUUGUCGUCGCCGACGGACCAGCUCCAGCAGACCAACAAGAGGGUGCAUCCGAGCAAACGACCACGACAAGUACAACGUCGUCGUCGUUGUGCCACGCCCACGGCGAUAAAACCGGUGCGAAGGCCACUGCGGCACCCCCCCUGGAGAGUCAGGCGUCCUGUCCUCCUUCUCCAGCCAAAAACAGGGAGGGCAGCAGUAGGACCAACGGUGCCUCCACGGAACCUACGGCAACAUCGGCUCUCGACCGGACCAGCGAAGAACACCAGGACGGGGAAAAUGCCCCCGCCGCUUCGGAGGCCAGACAAAAGAUCGUUGAGCCUCCUCCUGCCAGCGACAGCAAGAGAUUCGAGGAAAACGUCACCGGGGACAAGAAGGAAGAUCAAGAGCUACCGGCAUUCAAGCCGCCAGCAGCCAGAUACGUACCGCCGGGCCGGCGAAAGGCCCUCGACGCAGAGUUAGCAGCAGCCGCAGAUUCCGGCAGCAGCGGUGGCGCUGCUGCUGGGGACGGGAUGGGUCCCCUGUGGACAUCUCGAGCGCCUGUUCGUGUUAGCCAGAGGGAGCGGCCGUCGGACAGGGAUGCGAGCCCCGCCCGUCGCCCCGCGCCUGCGCGUGUGGCCCACGUGGUCAGCGGCGGCAUGUCGGCGUACGGCACCAACAUCUCGGAGUAUUCCGAGGAAAUGAGUCGAGAGCAGGUGGAGGCAUGUACGGCGGUGGUGUCCAACUUUCCGGUGGCGUUGCCUCCCGGCCAGCGCGACUCGAUGCUGCAGUCCUUCGUCUCCCUAGGCGGCCUCGUCGUGUGGCCUCGCCCGGAUGAGGCGUUGGUAACAUUUGCUACUCCGGCGUUAGCGCGACAGGCAGUGUCCGCGAGGAACAACCGCGAUUCGGUGCUUUUCGUGGAGCUCCUAUCACAGGCGCGGGUGGAGAAGAGGACAGGUUACAGACGAGGUGGUGCGUUCCUUUCGAAGAAUCCUAAGUUGGACGUCAAAUCCGAACGCCACGAGACUUGGUCUUGGCAAGGGACAAGCACUCCGGCUUGGGUGCCCAUGGUUGAUCGAAACUAA